AUGCAUAUGGUACUGUCCUUUCUUGUUUUCUAUAUCACCCAGACGAUCGCGAAGGCAGUCCCAUCGAACCUUGCCGCCUUCCUGAACAAAAUCAAAGCCGAUGGCGCAUGUAACGAUCCCUUCCCCGGUAGCUUCUACGACAAAGAAGGUGGAUCUAAGUCGUUCCGCUACUGCAAAGGCGACGGCUACAUCUACCUGAAAGGACCGAGCGACAAACUGGCCAACAUGGACAUUGAUUGCGACGGCGCGAAGAAUCCGUUAUGCCCGGUUCGUGCAGGCUCCGAUACUCAACUAUGGACUUCUUUUCGAGACUCUGUCCGAUCGUACGGCAUCUCCGACUUGGAUGCUUCCAUCCACAACUAUGUCGUCCUCGGCAACGCAGACGACGACCAUACGCCAGGAUACACGACGUUCCGACCACAAGAUUACGGCGUCCAGCCUUUGAGCCUGAUGGCAGUCGUCUGUAACAGUCAACUCUUCUAUGGCAUAUGGGGAGACGAGAAUGGCAGCGAUGGACCUCCUUUGGUGGGUGAAGCAUCCAUUUCUUUGGCGAGACUCUGCUUCGGCGACUCCAUGACGAACGACAACGGACAUGGGCCUGCGGAUGUAUUGUACAUCGCAUUCACAGGCCAGAAUGCAGUACCGGGUGGUGAUGGCGCGGCCUGGAAAGCGAAGAGCUCGAAGGAGUUUCAGAACCACGAGGCGUUCAAUGAUUUGGGUGACAGUCUGGUCAAGCAGAUUCAUGUCUGA